AUGACGGAAUACUUGAGCGGGCUGAAGCUUGCACGAGAGUGUAUAGUGGAACAAGGGGAAAAGUACAGAGCUAGGGCUAAAGAUUGUUACGAUCGCCACUGGAAGACUGAAAAGUCGACUAAGUUCAAGAUAGAGGAUCGUGUAUAUGUCCACGUACCCGCCGAAAAAGGGGCGUCGAAGCACCCCAAGCUGACCGUGCCGUGGAGUGGACCGUACAGAGUUAUCGCUGUUACGUCUAAUUCAGCAACGGUGACGGAAAUCGGAACGGAUAAGGGUUGCCCUGGUGUGAUGGCGCAUGGAGAACAGUAUUUGGCGUGUCACGUGGCGGUGGAAUGGUCGAAUAUCGUAAGAGAACCACCGUUGCCGGAACCCUGA